CGCAUUUAAAACAAGAACGAUAAACCUCGACACCUUUUUGUAGCACGCUAUGAGAGUUAUUUUUUUCUUUGUAUUUUCAGCUGUAUUAUUAGGCGUUUCAGGAAGAUGUAGAUUUCUGGAAUAUGGAUAUUAUUAUGAUGACGAUGAUGGAAUGUUAAAGAAAGGUAUACAUUACAACUAUGUUUACUGCAGCGGCUACUGUAACUAUGAAAGCAAUUCCUGCGACUAUGUUUACCACGUUUCAAGCAGUGUGAGUGUUGGAGCCAUUAUUGGUGCAGUCGUCGGUGGUUUAGCUGGCCUGGCAAUACUGGUCGCUAUUUGUGUAGUGGUGGCUUGUGUUUGUGCUAGGCAACGUAGAAGUCCUGGUCAAGUUAUCUAUACCAGUCAUCCUGGAAACAGAACGGUCGCAUACAACAAUACUACAACGCAGUAUCCAGUCGGAGUUCAACAGCCUGUGUAUACAGUUUCUACAAUGAAUGAAAACAUCCCUAAACCCCAGUAAAAGAAUUGGCAUAAAAUGAUCAAAUAAAUCGACGACGUCUUCUCCUAUAAAUAUGCAAACUAUAAUUCACCUGUUUUACACAAGUUAUUAAUAUACCCUAUUAAAAUUAUUUGUUGUUUAUGCAGUCUGCCUUUCGAAAAACUAUUAUUUUAAAUAGUUAGCAGAUUCUGCUGAAAGGUCUCUGAAAUGUUUUUUGUGAAUAUAUAGCGAUCAGUAUUUAAGGUUGUUUUCCAAUACUACUCUGUAUUCCUGCUGGUCAUUGUUAUAACAAUUUUCUUUUUAAUACGAUGUAAAUAUCUACUAGAUUUAUUUUUAAAUACUUUGGAGGAUAGACAAAGGCUGUCCAAAAGCACAAAUUGUAUCAAAAAUAUCCUGUUUUUUAAGCAUGUUUCAAAUUUUCAAUCUAUAUUUUUAUUUAUCAAUUGAUAAGAGUUUUUUUUAUCAGGUAUUAUGAUAAGGAGGUUUUUUAUUGUCCUUUAUUGACCUCGUGAUCACAUGGCGGCGAAUUACCAGUUUUCUUACUGCUGCACUAAAAUGGCACCAAUCAAAUGAUUAACGAAUUUAUAAUGAUUGUUUUAUUAUAUAAAUUAAAUGAAAUUAUUCUCUUACUUAUAAAAAGGUGCUGGAAGGUUGUUAAUUCUGAAUUUUAUUUGCCAUAAUAGUAUAUACAUUUACAUAUACAUUCAUAAAUUCAUGUAAUUUA